CUGCUGAAGGGUCUUGGCCCGAAAAGUCGACUGUUUAUUCUUUUCCAUAGAUUGCGUCUGGCCUGCUGAGUUCCUCCAGCAUUCUGUGUGUGUUGCUUUGGAUUCCCAGCACCUGCAGAUUUUCUCUUGUUUGAAGAAUUUUGGUGAUCCCUUUGUAAUGGAGUGAGAUAAAUCAACGGUUUGACUGGUGUUGCUGCAACAGCCUUGCAUUCAGUGGCAGUAAGACUAAGGAAUUGAUUGUGAACCAGAGGAAAGGGAAGUUGAGAGAACACACAACAGUCCUAAUCGAGGGGUCAGCACUGUAAAGGGUGAGCAGUUUCAGAUUCCUGGGUGUUAACAUCUCUGAAGCUCUAUCCUGAGCCUAACAUACUGAUGCAGUUGCAAAGAGGGCACAACAGUGGCUGUAUUUCAUUAGGAGUUUGAGAAGAUUUGGUUACUUACAAAUUUCUACAGAUCUACCAUGGAAAGCAUUCUACUGGUUGUAUCACCAGUUGGUAUGGAGGGGCGAUUGCACAGGAUCAGAGAGCUGUAAGCUCAGCCAGCUCCAUCAAAAAAGCAGCAACCAUCAUUUACGAAACCCUUUACCCAGGACAAGCCCGCUUUUCAUUGCUGUCAUCAAGGAGGAAGUACAGGAGCCUGAAGAGACACGCACAGCUUUUAGGAACAGCUUCUUCCCCUCUGCCAUCAGAUUUCUCAAUAGACAAUAAACCCAUGUGCAUACACUAUACUUCUUAUUGUAAUUUAUAAUUUUUAUAACAAUUUUUCCUGUUAUUUGAGGAAAGUGGGAGGUUUGAGUGUGAGGGCAGCUUGUUGUUCUCGGUGUGGGAUGUGGGAGAUCCUGGAGUCUCCCAGCCUCCCGGACGUCCACAUCUGCGCCAGGUGCGCUGAGCUGCAGCUCCUAAAGGAUCAUGUUAGGGAACUGGAGCUGCAGCUCGAUGACCUUCGUCUGGUCAGGGAGAGUGAGGAGCUGAUAGAGAGGAGUUACAGGCAGGUGGUCACACUGGGGCCACGGGAGGCGGGCAAGUGGGUCACGGUUAGGAGGGGGAAGGGGAAGCGUCAGGUACCAGAGAUUACCCCAUUGGCUGUGCCCCUUGAUAAUAGGUACUCCUGUUUGAGUACUGUUGGGGGGGACAGCUUAUCUGGGGGAAGCAACAGUGGCCGUGCCUCCGGCACAGAGUCCGGCCCUGUAGCUCAGAAGGGUAGGGAAAGGAAGAGGAGGGCAGUAGUAAUAGGGGACUCGAUAGUUAGGGGUUCAGAAAGGCGAUUCUGUGGAUGCAGUCAGGAGACCCGGAUGGUAGUUUGCCCCCUUGGUGCCAGGGUCUGGGAUGUUUCUGAUCGCGUCAAAGAUAUCCUGAAGUGGGAGGGUGAGAAGUCAGAGGUCGUGGUACGUAUAGGUACCAAUGACAUAGGAAAAGGGAAGAGGUCCUGAAAAGAGAAUAUAGGGAGUUAGGAAGGGAGUUGAGAAGAAGGACUGCAAAGGUAGUAAUCUCGGGAUUACUGCCUGUGCCAUGUGACAGUGAGAGUAGGAAUGGAAUGAGGUGGAGGAUAAAUCUGUGGCUGAGAGAUUGGAACAGGGGCAGGGAUUCAAUUUUCUGGAUCAUUGGGAUCUCUUUUGGCACAGGUGUGACCUGUACAAAAAGGAUGGGUUGCACUUCAAUCCUAGGGGGACCAAUAUCCUGGUGGGGAGAUUUGCAAAGGCUACUGGGGAGGCUUUAAACUAGAAUGGUUGGGGGGUGGGAGUCAAAUUGAGGAGACUAGGAGAGAGGAGGUUAGUUCACAAAUAGAGAAAGCUGUAGACAGUCUGUGAGGGAGGAUAGGCAGGGGACAGAGAACGGGAGCACUUAGACCGAAGAUGUAGGGGAGAAGGAAGAAAAAGAUAACAAAUUCGUUUGCACCAUUAGGGAUAAACAGAGUAAGAGGUGGAGAGUUUCUUAAAUGCAUCUAUUUUAAUGCUUGGAGCAUGGUAAGAAAGGUGGAUGAGCUUAGAGCAUGGAUUGAUACCUGGAAAUAUGAUGUUGUAGCGAUUAGUGAAACAUAGUUGCAGGAGGGGUGUGAUUGGCAACUAAAUAUUCCUGGAUUUUGUUGCUUCAGGUGUGAUAGAAUCAGAGGGACAAGAAGGGGAGGUGUUGCAUUGCUUGUCAGAGAAAAUAUUACAGCGGUGCUCUGGCAGGAUAGAUUAGAGGGCUCAUCUAGGGAGACUAUUUGGGUGGAAUUGAGGAAUGGGAAAGGUGUAGUAACACUUAUAGGGGUGUAUUAUAGACCACCUAAUGGGGAGUGAGAAGUGGAGGAGUAAAUUUAUAAGGAGAUAGCAGAUAUUUGUAGUAAGCACAAGGUUGUGAUUGUAGGAGAUUUUAAUCUUCCACACAUAGACUGGGAAGCCCAUUCUGUAAGAGGGCUGGAUGGUUUGGACUUUGUAAAAUGUGUGCAAGAUAGUUUUUUACAGCAAUACAUAGAGGUACCAACUAGAGAAGGGGCAGUGUUGAAUCUCCUGUUAGGGAAUGAGAUAGGGUAGGUGACGGACGUAUGUGUUGGGGAGCACUUCGCGUCCAGUGGUCACAAUGCCAUUAGUUUCAAUAUAAUUAUGGAGAAGGAUAGGACUGGACCCAGGGUUGAGAUUUUUGAUUGGAGAAAGGCUAACUUUGAAGAGAUGCGAAAGGAUUUAGAAGGAGUGGAUUGGGACAGUUUGUUUUAUGGGAAGGAUGUAAUAGAGAAAUGGAGGUCAUUUAAAGGUGAAAUUUUGAGGGUACAGGAUCUUUAUGUUCCUGUUAGGUUGAAAGGAAAGUUUAAAAGUUGAGAGAGCCAUGGUUUUCAAGAGAUAUUGGAAACUUGGUUUGGAAAAUAGAGAGGGAUCUACAAUAAAUAUAGGCAGCUUGGUGUAAAUGAGGUGCCCGAGGAAUAUAAAGAAUGUAAAAAGAAUCUUAAGAAAGAAAUUAGAAAAGCUCGAAGAGGAUAUGAGGCUGCUUUGGUAAGUAAGGUGAAAAUAAAUCCAAAGGGUUUCUACAGUUAUGUUAAUAGCAAAAGGAUAGUGAGGGAUAAAAUUGGUCCCUUAGAGAAUUAGAGUGGAUGGCUAUGUGCAGAGCCAAAAGAGACGGGGGAGAUUUUGAACAAUUUCUUUUCUUCGGUGUUCACUAAGGAGAAGGAUGUUGAAUUGUGUAAGGUAAGGGAAACAAGAAGGAUAGUUAUGGAAAUUAUGAUGAUUAAAGAAGAGGAAGUACUGGUGCUUUUAAGGAAUAUAAAAGUGGAUAAGUCUCCGGGUCCUGACAGGAUAUUCCUUAGGACCUUGAGGGAAGUUAGUGUGGAAAUAGCAGGGGUUCUGACAGAAAUAUUUCAAAUGUCAUUAGAAACGUGUAUGGUGCCAGAGGAUUGGCGUAUUGCUUAUGUUGUUCCAUUGUUUAAAAAGGGUUCUAAGAGUAAACCUAGCAAUUAUUGGCCUGUGAGUUCGACGUCAGUGAUGGGUAAAUUGAUGGAAAGUAUUCUUAGAGAUGGUAUAUAUAAUUAUCUAGAUAGACAGGGUCUGAUUAGGAACAGUCAACAUGGAUUUGUGUGUGGAAGGUCAUGUUUGACAAAUCUUAUUGAAUUUUUUGAAGAGGUUACUAAGAAAGUUGACGAGGGUAAAGCGGUGGAUGUUGUCUAUAUGGACUUCAGUAAGGCCUUUGAUAAGGUCCCACACGGAAGGUUGGUUAGGAAGGUUCAAUCGUUAAGUAUUAAUAUUGAAGUAGUAAAAUGGAUUCAGCGGUGGCUGGAUGGGAGAUGCCAGAGAGUAGUGGUGGAUAACUGUUUGUCAGAUUGAAAGCCGGUGUCUAGUGGUGUGCCUCAGGGACCUGUACUGGGUCCAAUGUUGUUUGUCAUAUAUAUUAAUGAUCUGGUUGAUAGGGUGGUAAAUUGGAUUAGUAAGUAUGCAGAUGAUACUAAGAUAGGUAGAGUUGUGGAUAAUGAAGUAGGUUUUCAAAGCUUGCAGAGAGAAUUAGGCCAGUUAGAAGAAUGGGCUGAAAGAUGGCAGAUGGAGUUUAAUGCUGAUAAAGGUGAGGUGCUACAUUUUGGUAGGACUAAUCAAAAUAGGACAUACAUGGUAAAUGGUAGGGCAUUGAAGAAUGCAGUAGAACAGAGGGAUCUAGAAAUAAUGUUGCAUAGUUCCCUGAAGGUGGAAUCUCAUGUGGAUAGGGUGGUGAAGAAAGCUUUUGGUAUGCUGGCCUUUAUAAAUCAGAGCAUUGAGUAUAGGAGUUGGGAAGUAAUGUUGGAAUUGUAUAAGGCAUUGGCAAGGCCAAAUUUGGAGUACUGUGUACAGUUCUGGUCACCGAAUUAUAGGAAAGAUGUCAACAAAAUUGAGAGAGUACAGAGGAGAUUUACUAGAAUGUUGCCUGCGUUUCAUCUCCUCAGUUACAGAGAAAGGUUGAACAAGUUAGGUCUUUAUUCUUUGGAGUGUAGAAGGUUGAGGGGGAACUUGAUAGAGGUAUUUAAAAUUGUGAGGGGGAUAGAUAGAGUUGACGUGGAUAGGCUUUUUCCAUUGAGAGUGGUGGAGAUUCAAACAAGAGGACAUGAGUUGAGAGUUAGAGGGCAAAAGUUUAGGGGUAACAUGAGGAGGAACUUCUUUACUCAGAGAGUGGUAGCUGUGUGGAACGAGCUUCCAGCAGAAGUGGUUGAGGUAGGUUCGAUGUUGUCAUUUAAAGUUAAAUUAGAUAGCUAUAUGGACAGGAAAGGAAUAGAGGGUUAUGGGCUGAGUGCAGGUCGGUGGGACUAGGUGAGAGUAAGAGUUCGGCACGGACUAGAAGGGCAGAGAUGGCCUGUUUCCGUGUUGUAAUUGUUAUAUGGUUAUUAUUAUGUAUUGCAAUGUACUGCCAUAAAACAACAAAUAUAUAUCAGUCAUAUUAGGUUUGAUUCUGAUGUGGCCCCUUGAAACAGUUUUGAGCAUAUUACUUGGGAGGUUUCACCUUGUAUAUGGAUUGCCAUCUACAGUACAGAAUGAUCCUGUGGCAGGUGCAUUAUGUCCAUCCCUAUUGUCUCCCUCAGUUCCAUUUUCUAUUCAGUGACUCUUUAUAUGCUGCAUGUCUAAUCAAUCCCUUGCUUUUUUUAAAUGCUACAACUAGUCAUUUUAGCAAAUCUGGCGGGCCUGAGCAUUUUCCUCCUCUCUUAAUGCUGUAACCUUGGACUUCAGAACGUGUCUUGCAACUUUACUCUUCCACACCAAUCCUGUAAGGACCAGUUAUCCUAAUGGUUUAUGGCAGCGUUCUUCUGGAUGCCUGCUUUUGUUUGAACAGUAGGUAAUGCUGACCUCAGCGAAGAACUGGUUUGGAAUGAUUACUGGUGUUGGAGUAAACACCGUGUCCGUAGAAUCACCUUUGGGUUUAUGGCUCCGCCUUUGUUGAUGAUUUAUCUUUAUGACACUCAGGCUGAAUAUUGUUUUCAUUCACGAGAUGCAGGCAUUGCUGGCAAAGGUGAUAAUCUGACAGUGCCUGUUUAACUAAAAACAAUUGGUGGAAAUAUAAAGCAGAAAUGGUUUUACAACACAUCACCAGUGACAUUGUGGCUUUUAUUGUAAUAGCCUUAGCUGCUUUUGACUUAAUUAAAACAAAUUUUUGUAAGGAGAUUAUUUUCAGUUUAUUGCUUUGAGUUUUAAUGUGACCUUCAAUUGGUAUAAACAAUUAGUACUAGAAGUGGAAAGUCACGUGCUUGACUCCAGGUGGAAACAUACACAAUUUUAGAUUUCGAAUGUGCCAAGCUGUUUUACAUCUCAUUUAAGAAUCUUGAUUCAGGUAUACUGCAGGCAUUUUAUUUUGUGGCUGUUAUAUGCUAAUAGUAAUCUAUGGUUUAAACAACACUGCCAGUUGUUCAAAUGAGAAAGGCAUUCAGCCAUAUGAUGGGUAAUCCUGCAAGAUUUAUAUACUUACAGGGACAAUGAAGUUACAACAUAGAUGCGGUUUUUGAAAGACCUAGUCUUGAAUGGAUUUCUUAAUUUUCCAUUGGCAAAAAUAGUGCUUAACCGCACUAACAAAUUAAUCAAUUCCAGCAUAGUACUUGAAUGAAGUAAAUUGUAAUUUAGUUUGUGGCCUGUCGAGCAGGCUGCAUCUGGAUCCUGUUCCGGCUGGAGUUUAACUGUAACCACGCAGCCAGUUUGAGAUGCUGGAAAUUCACUGUUGCAUAAUUCGAAGAAGUCCCGCACCCAACUAUGAGAUGAUUGACACAGACAAAAUGCCGGAGGAACUCAGCAGGCCAGGCAGCAUCAGGGAAAAGAGCAGACAAUGUUUCAGGCUGAAACCCUUCAGCAGGACUGAGAGAAUUGAUUUUCACAGAACUGAUCAAUGACUGAAAAGAAUACAAGGCUAUAGUUCAUGUUUAAGAACAAACAAGACGUAAACAGCCACAGUAGUCUAAAGCAGAUGCAACCUCACUGCACUCGGCCUUGGAUCACCUGGACGAUAGUAAUACUUGCAUCUGGCUGCUGUUUAUUGACUUAGCUCAGUGUUCAACACAAUCAUACCCUCUAUUCUAAUCAUCAAGCUCCAAAGCCUGGGCCUCUGUACCUCGCUCUGCAACUGGAUCCUUGACUUCCUCUUCAGGAGACCACAGUCUGUGUGGAUUGGAAAUAACAUCUCCACUUCGCUGACAAUCAACACUGGGUGCUCAACCAGUGUGCAAACUGUGCAAAUACAAAAAUAAAGAAGUAAUCAUAAUUAAUAAAUAAGCAAUAAAUAUUGGGAAAAAAAUUAAUUGAGUCCUUCAGAGUGAGUUCGUAGGUUGUGGGAACAUUUCAAUGAUGGGGCAAGUGAAGUUGAGUGUCAGGAACAGAACCAUUGACUCAUGAUGUGUUGUAUUAAUUAAGCUAAUAACUAAUUAAGCUAAUCCUUCUGCCAACACAUAGUCCCUAUUGCUUUAUUCUCUACACAUUCAUGAGCCUAUCUAAGAGCCUUUUAAAUCCCUCUCUUGCAUUUGCCUCCACCAGCACUCCAGGCAGUGCAUCCACCACUCUGUGUAAAACAAAACCUUUCCUCUCAUUUCCUUUGAACUACCCCCACCCACCCCCUCACUGUAAUGCAUGCCCUCUAGUAAUAGAUAAUUUGACUCUGGGAUGGAGAUACUGGCUAUCUACCUCUGCCCAUCAUUAUUUUAUAAGCUUCUAUCAGAUCUCUCCUUAGCCUCUAUUCUUCAGAGAACACAACCCGAGUUUGUCUAAUCUGUCUUAAUAGCAUAUGCCCUGUAAUACAAGUUGCACCCUGAUAAACCUCUUCUGCACCCUCUGCAAAGCUUCAACAUCCUCCUAUCAUGGAGCAACCAGAGUUGAACGUAAUGCAAUGCAACUUCAGAUGUGGUCUAAUCGACUGCAGCUUAACUUCCUGACCCUUGUACUCAGUUCCCAAUCAUUAAAAGCAAGUGUGCUAUUUGCCUCCUUUGCCACCCUAUCAACUUGUGAGGCCACUUUCAGGGAGCUAUAGACCUUGCCCCCAUGGUGCCUUUUUACAUUAACACUUUUAAGGGUUCUACCAUUAACUGCUUACUUCCCAUUAGAUUUGACUUUUCUUUUACAUUUGAAAUUACAAAUUCUCUCAGAUGACUUCUAAAUAUGAUCCCGGGAAGGUAGUGUUCUUUCAUGUGGGUUGACUUACUGUUUUGAAUUUAAAGGUCACAUGAUAUUUUGAGUUGGGUAUUUUGUAAGUUUUUUAAAACUGGAAAUACCCCAAACUUUGAUCAGCAAGUCAUCAGUGAUUACUGAAUAGAAUAUGGCUUAAGAGAUUGUCUCUACGACAGAGUGGAAUAUCUGAUGUUAUUUUAUCAAGUCUCUUUGGAGGAAAUGCAUUAGGGUUUGAUUUACAAUACUGUGCUCAAGUCUUAGGCACAUAUAGCUUGGGUGCCUAAGACAUUUGCACAGUACUAAAGUAAUUUUAUGUAUUGCACUGUACUACUGCCACGAUCAAGAAACAAAUUUCAUGACAUAUGUGAGAAAUGAUAAACCUGAUUCUGAUUUGGGUCUCUAUUGUGGACUGAGAAUGGGAAGGGGGAGGGAAAUCGUGGUUGAUAAAAGGGGAAGAGAGAGGGGAGGGAGCAGGAAGCACCAGAGAGACAUUCAAUAAUGAUCAAUAAACCAAUUGUUAGGAAUCAAAUGACCUUAUCCCAUGUCUCAGGGCUGGGUGUGUCUGCACCCAGCAAUACUUCCCUGCCAUCUGUCCCACUCCCCUUCCACAGCGCUCCACCCUCGUCAUUCACAACAUGCUUUGCUCCCACCAGGUUUGCAAACUCCUCUCCACUCCAUAUUGACAAAUACGGUACUUGCACAAGUCUUAGACACCCUAGUUCUAUAUCUGUGUGUAAGACUUUUGCACAGUACUGUAUGAUUUUAAGUUUCUACAGUGAUUGUGAAUAGAUGUUGAGGUUUGAAUUGUAGUAAAACAUUUGCUAUUAAAAAUGAAAAAUACUUCUUUAAUUUUAAUGUGGCAAAAUUAUCUGCUAGAUGAUAUUGACCAUGUAAGAUUUACAGUGUGAGAAACAAGUUUAAAUCCCACCAGAAACUGUUUCCCCUUGAAUGUGUUCCUUUUGUUUUAAUCCACCCCUAGAGCAUUGUUAAUCUGGAGAGAAAAGUUUUUUUUAAGCCUAGAAUUUUUGCCAAUCUCUUGAACUAGGAGCAAUCAGAUUAUGUGAGGGCAGCACGAACGGGUGCUGUCUGCGUGGAGUUAGUUUGUUCUUCCUGAGAUCAGGUCGGUUUCCUUCCAGAUCCCAAAUGUGUGUGACUCACUAGGUUAAUUGGCCACAGUAAGUUGCUCCUAGUGUGUAGCUAGGUGGUUGGAUCUGGAGCGGUUGAUAGAAUGUGGGGUGAGUUAACAAUGGGAUUAAUGUAGAUUUCCCUUAAAGGUUGCAGAGCAAACUUGGUGAGCUGUCAGACCUGUUCCUGUGCUGUAUCUCUAAAAAUAUUCAUCUUUUGAUCUGGGCUUGGUUCACUUCCCCCUCAACUUUACUAUGUAAACCAAAUGCAUCAUAUGUCAUUGUUUGGAGCGCUCUUAGUUUCAGGUGACUAUCAGACUUCCUGAAAUGGUUGCUUAUGGGUAAUAUUUUAAAACAACAGGGGAUAAGCAGGUAAAUCUUUAACACAUAGAUUGUUAUUUAUUAACCAUAUCAAAUUUCAUUGCUGUUUGAUUGUAUGCAAUCCAAGUAAAUCCAUGUGGUGCCUUUAUCAAAUCUCAACUUGUUUUAGAAACUUUCAUACAUUAUUUAGAUGGGAAAUAACAACAGAUAAAAAUGAAUUUGAAAUGUCUUUCAUGAGCUCCUUCGCAUCAUACUUUGCAGAACAGCUGCUUAUUUUCCACAAAUUUAUCUUUGAUUAAUUAUCUUGAAUUCCAGACACUAACCGCUGGUUUAGUCUGUGAAGCAGGAACUUCUCCCUUAUAUGCUUUUGGUGUUAGAGCUCUGGUAAUGUCAUUAUGUUGGAAUUUCUGAAACUCAUUUUUAUAUCAUAAGCCUACCAGUUGUAAAUUUGUUUAGUAUUAAUCUGUAAGGGCUUGUAAUUGUGGACGUCUAGAGGGCGGCUGAAAGCUUUGGGUUAAACUUCAUGAUCCCUCUUACUCCUCUUACAAGAUGCGGACUAAGAUGUACACUGCGCACGACAUUCAUUUGGUCUAAUCUUGCUACUCUUUAAAUUUGGAACAAAGAAAACCCAGUGGAAGACUAAAUAAUAGACUUUCUAACAUGCUGGGUGGGACUACCAAUAGAGGUCAUGGGUUAAGGGUGAAAGGUGAAAAUUUGAAGGGAACAUGAGGAGAAACUUCUUCACUCGGAAGGUUGUGAGAGUGUGGAAUAAGCUGCUCGCGCAAGUGCUGCAUGCAGGCUCGAUUUCAAUGUUUGAGAAGUGUGGAUGGGUACAUGGAGAAUAGGGAUAUGGAGGGCUGUGCUCCUGGUGCAGGUCGAUGGGAGUAGGCAGUUUAAGUGUUUUGGUACAGGCUAGAUGGGCCGAAUGGCUGGUUUCUGUGCUGUACACCUCCAUGACUCUUUGAGUUCUGCUUCAAUGUGUAAAGAGACUGGACAAACCCAAGGAGUUGCUUGUAGUUUACUGUGGGUACAUGUGCAAGGCAAAAGAGUUUUGAACAAUAUUUGUGACGGAACAGGCUGGAAAUUGACCUUGUCAUUACUGUUAAGUCUAGGGGUACCUUACUGAUCUGCUGAAGGAGAACCAUGAGAUCACUACACGACAAUGAGGAAAUGUUAUGCAUUCAGAAAUUUAAAUCACUGCUUUGAAAUAAAUAUGCUAUCUUAAAUAGUGCACAUUUUUAGCAUUUUCCUCAGGUUUAAAAUCAUUGGCACAUGUGAGGUUUGAUGUUUUGUGGCUGCAGAACAAUACAAUACAUAAGAAAAAUUGUAAAUUGUGAUAAGAUAUAAAUAUAGUAAAUUAAACAAGUAGUUCAAAAAUAGAGCAAAACAAAAAUAGCAAGGUAUUGUGCAUAAAUUCAUUGUUCAUCCAGAAAUCUUAUGGCAGAAGGGAAGAAGCUGUUCCUAAAACAUUGAGUGUGUCUUGUCAGGCCUGGUACCUCCUCUUUGAUGGUAGCAAUGAGAAAAGGACAUGUCCUGGAUGAUCGGGUUCCUUACUGAAAGAUGCCGCCUUUUCGAGGCAUCGUCUUUUGAAGAUGUCCUCGAUGGGAGAGGCUAGCACCCAUGACGGAUCUGGCAGUUUCCAGCUGUCUGCAACUUUUUCUGAUCCUGUGCAGUAGCCCCCUGUGAUGCAACUAGUUAGAAUGCCCACCUUUAAGUAGAGCAUUUAAAAUGUCUACUUAGUAAGUAUUUGAAGUUUCUGCACAACCAUGAUUGGAUUUUGAGCUCUUUUAGAAACAUAGAAAACCUAGAGCACAAUACAGGCCCUUUGGCCCACAAUGCUGUGCUGAACAAGUACUUACUAGAAAUUACCUAAGGUUACCCAUAGCUCUCUAUUUUCUAAGCUCCAUGUACCUAUCCAGGAAUCUCUUGAAAGACCUUAUGGUAUCCGCCUCCACCACCAUCACUGGCAGCCCAUUCCAUGUACUUACCACUCCCUGUGUUAAAAAAAAAACAACUUACCCCUAUCAUCUCCUCUGUACCGACUUUCAAGCACCUUAAAACUGUGCCCUCCUGUGCUAGCCAUUUCAGCCCUGGGAAAAUGACUAUCGACACGAUCAAUGAUCCUCAUCAUCUUAUACACCUUUAUCAGGUCAACUCUCAUCCUCCGUCACUCCAAGGGGAAGGGCCGAGUUCACUCAACCUACUAUCAUAAGGCAUGCUCCCCAAUCCAGGCAACGUCCUGUAAAUCUCCUCUGCACCCUUUCUAUAGUUUCUGCAUCCUUCCUGUAGUGAGGUGACCAGAACUGAGCACAGUACUCCAAGUGGGGCCUGACCAGGGUCCUAUAUUGCUGUAACAUUACCUCUCAGCUCUUAAACUCAAUCCCACAGUUGAUGAAGGCUAAUACACCGUACGCCUUCUUAAUCACAGAGUCAACCUGCGCAGCAGGUUUAAGUGUCCUAUGGACUCAGACCCCAAGAUCCCUCUGAUCCUCCAUGCUGCCAAGAGUCUUACCAUUAAUAGUAUAUUCUGUCAUCAUAUUUGACCUACCAAAAUGAACCACCUCACACUUAUCUGGGUUGAACUCCAUCUGCCACUACUUAGCUUAGUUUUGCAUCUUAUCAAUGUCCCGCUGUAACCUCUGACAGCCCUCCGCACUAUCCACAACAACCCCAAUCUUUGUGUCAUCAGCAGAUUUACUAACCCAUCCCUCCACUUCCUCAUCCAGGUCAUUUAUAAAAAAUCACGAAGAGUAGGGGUCCCAGAACAGAUCCCUUAGGCACACCAUUUGUCACCGAUCUCCAUGCCGAAUGUGACCCGUCUACAACCACUCUUUGCCUUCUGUGGGCAAGCCAAUUUUCGAUCCACAAAGCAAUUUUCCCUUGGAUCCUGUGCCUCCUUACUUUCUCAAUAAGCCUUGCAUGGGGUAUCUUAUCAAAUGCCUUGCUGAAAUCCAUAUAGACUACAUUUACUGCUCUACCUUCAUCAAUGUGUUUAGUCAAUCCUCAGAAAAUUUAAUUAGGCUCGUAAGGCACAAUUUGCCUGUGACAAAGCCAUGCUGACUAUUCCUAACCAUACUAUGCCUCUCCAAAUGUUCAUAAAUCCUGCCUCUCAGGAUCUUUUCCAUCAACUUACCAACCACUGAAGUAAAACUCAGUGGUCAAUAAUUUCCUGGGCUAUCUCCACUCCCUUUCUUGAAUAAGUGAACAACAUCCACAACCCUCCAAUCCUCCGGAACCUCUCCCAUCCCCAUUGAUGAUGCAAAGAUCAUUGCCAGAGGCUCAGCAGUCUCCUGCCUCACCUCCUACAGUAGUCUGGGGUACAUCUCCUCCAGUCCCGGAGACUUAUUCAACUAGAUACUUUCCAAAAGCUCCAUCACAUCCUCUUUCUUAAUGUCUAUAUGCUCAAACUUUUCAACCUGCUGUAAGUCAUCCCUACAAUCGCCAAGAUCCGUUUCUGCAGUGAAUGCUGAGGGAAAGUAUUUCUGUUACUUCCUCUGGUUCCAUACACACUUUUCCACUGUCACACUUGAUUGGUCCUAUUCUUUCAUGUCUUAUCCUCUUGCUCGUCACAUACAUGUAGAAUGCCUUGGGGUUUUCCUUAAUUCUGCUUGCCAAGGCCUUCUCAUGGCCCCUUCUGGCUCUCCUAAUUUCAUUCUUAAGCUCCUUCUUUCUGGCCUUAUAAUCUUCUAGAUCUCUAUCAUUACCUAGUUUCAUAAGCUUUUCUUGACUAGAUUUUCACCAGCCUUUGUACACCGUGGUUCCUGUACCCUACCAUCCUUUCCCUGUCUCAUCGGAACGUACCUAUGCAGAUCACCAUGCAAAUUUCCCUGAACAUUUGCCACAUUUCUGCCGUACAUUUCCCUGAGAACAUCUGUUUCCAAUUUAUGCUUCCAAGUUCCUGCCUGAUAGCUUCAUAUUUCCCCUUACUCCAAUUAAACACUUUCCUUACUUGUCUGUUCCUAUCCCUUUCCAGUGCUAUGGUAAAGGAGAUAGAAUCAUGAUCACUAUCUCCAAACUGCUCUCCCACUAAGAGACCUGACACCUGACCAGGUUCAUUUCCAAUACCAGAUCAAGUACAGCCUUUCCUCUUGUAGGUUUAUCUACAUAUUGUGUCAGGAAACCUUCCUGAACACACCUAACAAACUCCACCCAUUCUAAACCCCUUGACCUAGGGAGAUGCCAAUCAAUAUUUGGGAAAUUAAAAUCUCCUGCCACGACAACCCUGUUAUUAUUACACCUUUGCAGAAUCUGUCUCCUCUAUGUCCCUGUUACUAUUGGGUGGUUGUUAAAAAACACCCAGUAGAGUUAUUGACCCCUUUCUGUUUCAACUUCCACCCACAGAGGCUCAGUAGACAAUCCCUCCAUGAUUUUCUCUUUUUCUGCAGCCUUUACACUAUCUCUGAUAAUGCCAUGCCCCCACCACUUUUGCCACCCUCCCUGUCUUUUCUGAAACAUCUAUAGCCUGGCACUCUAAGUAACCAUUCCUGUCCCUGAACCAUCCAAGUCCCUGUAAUGGCCACAACAUCAUAGCUCCAAGUACUGAUCCAGGCUCUAAGCUCAUCUGCUUUGUUGAUGAUGCUUCUUGCAUUAAAACAGACACAUCUCAAACCAUCGGUCUGAGUGCAUCCCUUCUCUAUCACCUGCCAAUCCUCCCCCUCGCACUGUCUCCAAGCUUUCUCCAUUUAUGAGCCAACAGCCCCUUCCUCCGUCUCUUCGGUUUGGUUCCCACCCCCCAGCAAUUCUAGUUUAAACUCUCCCCAAUAGCCUUAGCAAACUUCCCCACCAGGAUAUGUUUCUACUUUCCAUGUGCUAGAUACGGACAGCUUCAACAACUUGCACCUGAUUCAAGGUCACCCUUAUUAAAUGCUCAUAGAUUUUGAUGGCUUGGCCCUUUCAAAUUCAAUUUCCUUCCACUUUAUUUCUGAACUCCCCCUGAUUAUUGCAUUUCUAAAAGAUGGCAGCUCCUUUCAAUACUCGCUACUUUCUGUGACUUUUCAUUUGGUUUAAAGAGAUUAUUGAAACAUAUUUCUGGCACAUGGUUCCCAUGCUUUGUAUGUAGAAAAUAUAGCUUGCAGAAUGUCAGCUUUCAUUUAUUAGUCAGUAGUUUUCUUUCUUUAUCAUUCCCCACAGUAAAAGCAAGCUGCACCGAGAUUUUAGUUGGUCAUUAGUGUUUUGGCCUACUUGCUAGAGAACACAUGUACCUGGAAAAGGGAAGAAAUUCAAAUGGCUGUUUUACAGAUUCUUGACUCUCAGAUGUGCAGAAACACUGUUAAUUGUCACUUUAUACCAUGAAGAUUGCAUUUUCUGUUCAGUGAUCUUAACCAUUCAUCUCAGAAAUCUCUGCGUUUGCCUGAGGUAUUUUCUGUGAUUCCUGUAUGACAGUUGCAAGUUAUGUUUUUAAAACACACGGAAUGCCAGGUGGUUUUUACAAAGAAACAGGAGGACAUUUCCACCCAGUAAAAGAACGUGUUAUAUGUACUGCUGUGCAGGCUUAACUAGCACUAGUCAGUUUUAUCGGGAAGAAUGGAUUAAAACUCCAUUUUAUUUCAGUGGUUCAAUGGUUUAAUCAAUGGUUCAAUUUAACAUCAGAGAAUGUAUACACUGUACAUCCUGAAACUCUUACUCUUCGCAAACAUCCACAAAACAGAAAAAAACCCAAAGAAUGAGUGACAGAAAAGUCAGAGCUGCAAAUCCUCCCUCCCCCUCCCAGUCGCAAGCAGCAGGAAAAGCACCAAAACUCCCCCCUCCCCCCACUUGCUCCAGCAGAAGCACUCACCCCCCCCAUCCCCACCACCAUGCCAGCAAUAGCAAAGUCCCUAAAGAGACAUUGAUCUAGUGUCCAUCAAAAGCUGCAGUCCAUCCCAGUACUUCGCCAUGUCAGACAAGCCUGCUGUCUCACCAGCGAGGGAGCGAGAGAUUGCUCCUGCGACAACGAGAGCGGGAGACCAGCGGCUCCAGGACUGACUGGCUCUCACUCACCUUCAAAAAAGAGGUAUUUUCAUGCUGUAAAUACCUUCCUGCAGAUAACUUGUCAAAAGAUGAACAUCAACUGGCCAUGUUAGUUAUCUUGUUGUAAACCGACCAUUUUUCUGAUGACUGUCCUAAGUUUUAAGUCGUGGAUGGCUUUGCUUAAAGUAAUGUAUUUAUGUACUGAACUGGAAUUUUUGUAGACUGUGGGUUGUAAUUUUAUUUAUUUUUUAAAAUUUUAUUUAUUUAACUUAUAGUAACUUUUUAUGCCUUGCACUGCAUUGCUGCCAAACAAAUUCCAUGCCAUAAUCAAUAAGAUUGAAGGAGUACGAAGAAAAUUUACAAGGGUGUUACCUGGUUCUGAGUUACAAGGAAGGAUUGGAUAGGUUAGGACUUUGUUCCCUGGAGCAUAGGGGAAUGAGAAGAGAUUUGACAGAGAUAUACAAAAUUAUGAGGGGUAUGGAGUUAAUGGCAAACUACUUCUGUAGAAGUAUUUCCCAAGAACAAUCAUGGUCAUAGACCAUCAACGCCCACAUCAUAGGAGACGGCACGCGAUAACAAUGAAAGAGUAAAUGCGAGCAGGCUUUUUCCAUUGAGGGUGAAUGACACUGGAACUAGAGGUUGUGGAUUAAGUGUAAAGGUGAAAUGCUUAAGGAGAGCCUGAGAGGGAACUUCUUCCCUCGGGGGUGGGGGUGGAGGUGUGUGAGUGUGGAAAAGGUUUGAUUAAAACAUUUAAGAGAAAUUUGGAUAAGCACAAAGGCGAGAGAGGUAUGGAGGGCCUAUGUUCCUGGCACAGGUCAGCAAGGAAUCAAUGAGCAGUAGGGCCCAUUUCUGUGUUCUGUGGCUCUAUGGCAUACGUCAAUGAUAAUAAACCUGACGCUGAUAAUCUUAAAUUGAAGUUUUGUUUUCAGAAAUCAUGAGGCUCUCUCACUCUGCACUAUCAAUCAGAUAGAUGUCUACUGCUUUAUUACACUUGCCUCCCUUGCUUUGUGGUUGAUCAGAUUAACUGCCUGGGGGCAGAAACUUUUAAGAUGGCAUGAGGUUUUAGUUUUAAUAACCCUAUUGCACCCAUUGGGAGAGCUUCUGAAAAAGGCUGUUUGCUGGGUGGGUGGUGUUUGCAAUGGUUUUUUUUCCUGCUUCUUUGUCUUGGAUGCACAAGUCCUGCAAUAAUGGUUGACUCUCCCGGAGUACUGUAUACCAGCACUCUUCAUCCCUGCUUUCUCAAUAGAACCCAAGAAAGGAGGAUGAAGCUAGAUCUGCACUCAUUAAGAUCACAGAUGGUUCUCCACAGCAACUCUAUCUGCCAAAUACCCCCACUCCAUGCUUCUCUGUUCCCUCAGACUCAAAAUGUUUCUCCAUGUGAGGAAUGUCUGGCAGCUCUUGGGCUGUAUUCCAUGAAGUUCAGGAGAAUGAGGGGGGAUCUCAUAGAAACAUUCUGGAUGUUAAAAGGCCUGAACUGAUCAGAUAUGGCAAAGUUAUUUCCCAUGGUAGGGGAGUCUAGGACAAGAGGGCACGACUUCAGGAUUGAAGGAUGUCCAUUUAGAUCAGAGAUGUGGAGAAGUUACUUUAGUCAGAGGUUGGUAAAUUUGUGGAAUUUGUUGCCAUGAGUGGCUGUGAAGGCCAAGUCACUGGGUGUAUUAAAGGCAGAGAUAGAUAGGUUCUUGAUUAGCCAGGGCAUCAAAGGGUAUGGGGUGAAAGCAGGGGAGUGGGGAUGACUGGAAGAAUUGGAUCAGCCCAUGAUUGAAUGGCGGAGCAGACUCGACGGGCCAAAUGGCCUUCUGCUCCUAUCUCUUACAGUCUUAUGUUUUGUAUGAAGACCACCAGUGAACCCCACAUCUCAGUGCUCAUUCCAAGUGCUCGAACCCUGCUGCCCAACAAUGAUCUUACUGAACACCUUCAGUAAAUCCAAAUACUUGCACCCACAGAUUCUCUUUAUCUUUUCUACUAGAUGCAUCCACAAGGAACUCCUGUAGAUUAGUCAUUUUUUCAUCAGAAAAAAUCUGCAUCGGUUCUGCUCGGUCUGAUUACUCUUUCCAAGAUGUUCCACUAUUACAUCCUUUAUUACAGUCUCCAGCACAUUCUCCACCACUGAUGUGAGGCCAAAAAUUUGGUUGUUCCCUGAUUUCUCUCACCCUUCUUUUGCUAAGUGGUGAGGUCACGUUUUCUAUCCCCUAAUCCAUGGGAAAAAUCCUACAUGUAUCCAGCUCUGGAAGAUGAUAACCAGAGGAUCCACUGUCACUAAUGCCACCACUUUCAAAACUCUGGGAGCGAAAUCAUUGAGAUCUGAGAUUUAUCAGCUUUCAAACUCACCAACUUCAGUCAGCUUUUUUUUGCCUAAUGCUUACAUUUUCCAGUUACUUGCUCUUGUUAGAUCUUCAAAUAUUUCUGGCAAGUUUUGUCUAUCUGCUGUAAAGACGGAGUCAAAAUAACUGAUUAAUUCAUGUGCCAUUUCCAGAACCCACAAUAUAAAUUCUCCUAUCUGGCUUUAAAAGGCUCACUUUGCUAGUCUUUUCCUUUUCCUCAACCGUAAAGGUUCCUACAGUCUAAUGUUUGUCUCCCGUUCAAUCCCAUGUCCUAUCUGGCCUUGCUUUAUAGUUCUGAUCCUGCUUUUCUGAAUGCCAAAAUACUUCCAAUCUUUAAAUCACCUACUAUUUCAGGCAGCCUCAUAAACCUUUUCCUUGGAUUUAACACUAAUUUCUCCUAUCAGCCAUAAAUGACUGGUAAAUUACUUCACUUUUUUAAUCUUAGGACAUUUUUUGCAAUUAGCACAUUAAUUCUUUAAAUGCUAACUAUCUCGUGUUCAAUGUCAUGCCCUUAAGUGUGCUCCUCAUCUCAUGCCUUCCUAUUUCCCUUUGUUUCGAUUCAGAGCCUAGUUUUGCAUUAAGUAUAAUCAUUUUCAAAUUCUAUGAAAUUCUGUGUGAUAUUAAGAUCACUCUCUCCAAGAAGUUUUCAGAGAAUACUCUUCUAUUGUACACAGGUAUUUUUUCACCUCUCUCCUUGAGAGUAUACCGGAACUCUUCAAACCUCCUCCCCCCACACCUCUCCCAACUCUCUCAGAAUAUACUUGUUCUCUUAAUAAUAGUCUGCCUUUCCCCGUCCUACGGCUCAGCAGACUGUAAUCAUAACAAUAUCAGAUUAUGCUGCAGUCACCAGUUCAGGAUAAUUCUCUAUUCUGCACUAAUGAAGUGACAGUGGUAAUUUUCUGUUUUCCUUGGCCCAUUCCUCCCCAUCAUAUGACUGGCAUCCAUUGCCACCUCCAUUACAAGGAGGAUGGGUGUCCUCUCUUUUUAAAAAUGUAUUUAUUGAGAUACAGUGUGGAAUAAGCCCUUCCAGCCCUUUGAGCGGUGGUGCCCAGCAAUCCCUGGACAAUUUACGAUGACCAGUUAACUUUGUGGAGUGGUGUGAGCUGAAUCACCUGCAUCAACAUCACGAAGACAAAGGUGGUGGACUUCAGGAAGGUAAAAAUACCCUGAAUUCCCAUCUUCAUCAAGGGAGUGAAUGUGGAGGACAUCUGGGACUACAAAUACCUGUGAAUUCACCUGGAUAAUAAACUGGACUGGACUCUGUACAAGAUACAAGGGCUCUGUACAAGAAGGGACAGAGCCAAUUGUAGUUCCUGAAGAGGCUCCAGUCAUUCAACGUCUGCAGUGCUAUGCUGAGGUGUUCUACGACUCAGUGGUGGCCAGCGUUCUAUUCUACGCUGUAGUCUGUUGGGGCAGCAGGGUGAGAGCAGCCGACGCCAAGAAGAUCGAUAAACCCGUCAGAGGGCUGGUUCUGUUCUGGGGGUGGUUCUGGAUUCUCCGGCGGUUGUGUCGGAGAGGAAGACACUGCGGGGCUGCGGAACAUUAUAUACAAUCCCUCUCACCCUCUCCAUGACAUACUGAACAAAAAGAGGAGCACCUGUAGUAACCGACUGUUUCCACCAAGGUGCACCACUGAACGCCACAGGAGAUCCUUUUGCCCUGUGGCUAUAAGACUCUACAACUCCUCCUCCUUAAAUAUUUAAGUAUAUGGUUUCAUUGCACAUCUAUAUUUUGCAUGAUUACUUUUUAAUGCACAUUUCAUAUUCUUCUUCAUACCUCAACGCUUACAUUGUGUCUUUUAAAGUAUUUAUUUCUGACUGAGCAACCUUGCAACAAUAAUUUCCUUUGCGAUAAAUAAAGUCUUAUCUUAUUGUAUCUUAUCUUAACCUAGCAACCAAUACGUCUUUGGGCCAGGGAGGAAACUCAUGCAGUAACAGGGAGAAUGUUACAAACUCCUUACAGGCAGUGGUGUGAAUUGAAAUCAACAGGAAUUCUGCAGAUGCUGGAAAUUCAAGCAACACACAUAAAAGUUGCUGGUGAACACAGCAGGCCAGGCAGCAUCUCUAGGAAGAGGCACAGUCGACGUUUCAGGCCGAGACCCUUUGUCAGGACUAACUGAAGGAAGAGCUGACCUUGCCUUUCAGUUUGCACUGUCCUAUGGUUCACACCGGCAGAUCUCUCUUCCAGUUUGGUGACAGUCUCCUCCCUGCUCUGUACUUCAUACCUGCCUGACAAUGUAAAUUGAACAGUGCUCCACUCAGUGAGUGUGACCUUCUGAUCCCGCUCUCUGUCAUGGUCAGUAUCUUAAAACUGGGUGGCAUGGUAGUGUACUAUCUUACAGUGUCGGGGAUUGUGAUUGGGGUUCACUUCCCACCACAGUUUGUAUGUUCUCCCCAUGACCAUGUGGGUUUCCUCCAGAUGCUCCAGUUUCCUCCCACAUUCCAAAAACAUACAGGUAGGGGUUAGUAAACCGUGGCCAUACUUAUCUGUGGACUGUGCUGGUUGUUGACUCAAAAGACGCAUUUCACUGUAUGUUUCGAUGUACAUGUGACAUCAAAGAUAAUCUGUCAGUACCUUGCAAUGAAUUGCCAUGGAUAGGAGGGAUAUGGAAGGCCGUGGUUCAGGUGUGGGUUGAGAGGACUAGGCAGAAUACAGUUUAACGUGGACUAGACGGGCCCAAGGCUCUGUCCCUGUGCUGCUGUGCCUUAGGAGGAGGUUGCUUCAAGAGAAGGGGUUGUGUUUGGUCUAUUUACACCAUCUUGAAGAAUGACAGGUCAUCUCAUUGAUGUUCUAUGGUUGGUGCUAUGAGGUUGAUUGCAACGGUUGAGGAUUGGUUGUUUGCGACAGUUAUAGAGUUGAGGACUGGUUUGGGAAGAAUUGGUUGAGUAUCACAUAGGAGAAAUUACUUUAAAGGGAGGAUUGGAAGUCUUCGGAGUUCUUUGCCUCAGAUAUCUGUAGAUGACAGGCUCAAGGACAACUAGUAUCCCAUUGUUAUCAGUCAGAGCUCUUGAAUGAUAAGAUGGACUCUCAUUCCCUCUUCCCUCUCUUACUCAGACUCCACUCACAUGGCUCUAACCCCAGGACAGGCCACUUACGGGCUUCCGACUUCCAGUCCUUGGCCCUGUACUCUCAGAAUCACAGAUAUUGGGCCCCAACCUCCAGUCGCUGGCCCGGACUUGCAAACUCAUAGAUUUCAGGCCUUUGACCUCUGGAUAUGCCAACCCAAAGGCUUCAACUGUCAGGUCUUGACCUUAGGGCUUCGUGCUCUGGUAUCGACCCCAGGACUCACUGAUCACGGGACUUUGAACUCUAAUCUUGGUCCCCUGGACCUCUGACAUCAGGAUUCGCUGACCUGGGGCUCACCAGUACUCGUGCCUCCUGGCCGCACAGACCUCGGAACCUGGCACUUGCUGACCUGGCUGAUCACUAGACCUUGUCUGGUGCCUAGCUAUAAAAAGGAUAUCGUAAGCUGGAGAGGGUGCAGAAAAGGCUCACAAGGAUAUUACUGGGACAGUGAGGUGGUGGGGGGAGGGAUGGUGUGGAAUUUGAUUUGAAAGACUAAAUAGGCUAGACUGUUUUCCCUAUAACAUCCAGUAGAAGGCUGAAAGGUGAACUAAUUAUACCCAUUAUCAUUUAAUAUACUCGUGACUUAGUCCAGAAGUCCCUUGGGCUUCAAACACCUGACUCGCUGAAUUGGGUCUUUGACCUCUGGUGUUGACCCCAGGACUAGUCUGUGAUCUAGUCCCAGUACAAAGGUCAAAGUACAUAUACAUUAUACAACCUUGAGAUUUGUCUCCUUACAGGCAGUCACAAAACAAGAAACCCAAAAGAACCCAUCUAAAGAAAAGAUCAAAAAACACCCAAUGCACAGAGAGGGAAAGAAAACACAAAUUGUGCAAACAAUAAAAGCAAGCAACAAAUGAAAAGCUGGGUGGCAGUGUGAUAUGUGAGGAGGAUGUUAUGAGAAUGCAGGGUGACUUGGACAGAUUGGGUGAGUGGGCAGAUGCAGUUUAAUGUGGAUAAAUGUGAGAUUAUCCGCUUUGGUGGCAAGAACAGGAAGGCAGAUUACUAUCUGAAUGGUGUUAAGUUAGGAAAAGGGAAGUACAAUGAGAUCUGGGUGUCCUUGUUCAUCAGUCACUGAAAGUAAGCAUACAGGUACAGCAGGCAGUGAAGAAAGCUAAUGGCAUGUUGGCCUUCAUAACAAGGGGAGUUGAGUAUAGGAGCAAAGAGGUCCUUCUACAGUUGUACAAGGCCCUGGUGAGACCCCACCUGGAGUAUUGUGUGCAGUUUUGGUCUCCAAAUUUGAGGAAGGACAUUCUUGCCAUGGAGGGAGUGCAGUGUAGGUUCACUGGGUUAAUUCCAGGGAUGGCGGGAAAGUCAAAUGUUGAAAGAUUGGAGCAACUGGGCUUGUAUACACUGGAAUUUAGAAGGAUGAGAGGGGAUCUGAUUGAAACAUAUAAGAUUAUUAAGGGAUUGGAUACGCUAGAGGCAGGAAACAUGUUCCCGAUGUUGGGGGAGUCCAGAGCCUGAGGCCACAGUUUAAAAAUAAGUGGUAGGCUAUUUAGAACGGAGUUGAGGAAAAACUUUUUCACAAUGGAUUCUUUCAAGAAACAGUUGGAUAGAGCUCUUAAAGAUAGCGGAGUCAAGGGAUAUAGGGAGAAGGCAGGAACAGGGUACUGAUUGUGGAUGAUCAGCCAUGAUCGCAGUGAAUGGCAAUGUUGGCUUGAAGGGCCGAAUGGCCUACUCCUGCACCUAUUGUCUAUUGAAUCCAUAGACACGAAAGCCAGAGGAGCCAGUGCAGGCCCACAGCCUCCGUUCACCACAAUGCAGAGCAAAACAUAUGGGAGUUCGUACACAGGAAGCCUGGAGCAGCCGAAGCCUUUUCCAGCUUAAUGACGUCCUUCCGAUAGCUGGGUGCCAGACCCCCAAGGUCAUCAAGUAUAUAGGAGCCUAGUGGCUUUGACCUUAGGGCCUCGCUGUGUUUGGGAGUCAGGAGUAUACAAAAUGAUGAGGGGCAUAAUUAAAGAGAAUGAUCACAGUUUUUCCCUCAGGGUAAGGAGGUCUUAAACUAGAGGUCAUAGGCUUAAAGUAUGGUAAUAGAUGAUAGGUACAUGGAACAAGCUGCCAGAAAUGGUAGGUGUGGGUAGAACUUGCAACAUUUGAGCAGAUACAGGGAUGGAAACAUUUGAUUUAUUCAUUUAUUUGUUUAGAGAUCGAGUGUGGAACAGGCAUGUCCAGCCCACCUAUUUAACCCCAGCCUAAUCACAGGCCAACUUACAAUGACCAAUUAACCUACUAACUGGCCAAUUUACAAUGACCAAUUAACCUACUAACCGGUACGUCUUUGGACUGUUGGAGGAAAUCUGAGCACCCGGAGGUAACCCAACGCGGUCACGGGGAGAACGUACAAACACCAUUACAGCCGGCGCUGGUACGCCUCGUGCUGUAAUAGUGUCGUACUAACUGCUGCUUCGGUAGCACUUGAGAGGGACACGGACCAAAUGCAGGUAAAUGGGAUAACCCAGAUAGGUGUGGCUAACACGAGGAAUUCUGCAGAUGCUGGAAAUUCAAGCAACACACAUCAAAGUUGCUGGUGAAGGCAGCAGGCCAGGCAGCAUCUCUAGGAAGAGGUACAGUCGACGUAUCAGGCCGAGACCCUUCAUCAGGACUAACUGAAGGAAGAGCUAGUAAGAGAUUUGAAAGUGCGACGGGGGCUAAGUUGGUAAAGGGUUGGUUGUUUAUGAUCUGAUGUUACUACUCUUCAGUGUUGAAAAAUGUGUUUACAUUUUGUAUUGUUGCCAAGCUUCUAUAAUUACAGUCA